CCGGUAGCUGCAGUACCUGGGCCAGGUGAGCGAGCUGUAUUACACAGCUAGGGUGGGACUCUAGUCGGAGAGCGAUAAUGGCAUCGCAUCCACGCAGAGUUCGACUGAAACCCUGGCUAGUAGCUCAAGUAGACAGUGGAAUGUAUCCAGGUCUUCUGUGGCUUAACAGGGAUGCAAAACGAUUUCAAAUUCCUUGGAAGCAUGCAACUCGACAUAGUCCUCAGCAUGAAGAAGAAAAUACAAUUUUUAAGGCGUGGGCUGUAGAAACAGGAAAGUACCAAGAAGGGGUUGAUGAUCCUGACCCUGCAAAAUGGAAAGCCCAACUCCGGUGUGCUCUCAACAAAAGCCGUGAAUUCAAGCUCAUAUACGAUGGCACCAAAGAAGUGCCAAUGAAUCCGAUUAAAAUUUAUGAAGUAUGUGACAUCCCACCAUCCCUGACACCAAUCAUUAAUCCUGGUUCCACCGGUUCAGUUCCAUGGGAUGAAAAGGAUAAUGAUGUAGAUGAUGAAGAUGAAGAUGAAUUAAGUGAGUCUCAGCACGUAGCAAUACAGGACAGUUUUCCAUUUCUUAAUAUCAAUGAUUCCCCAAUGGCUCCCGCCAGUGCAGAGGCAUGUAGCCCUGAAGCUGUGUGGCCAAAGAAUGAACCUGAAGAUAUGGAGAUGCCAAUGCCUCCUGCCUUGCCAGCUCUACAGCAUGAUAUGUACAGCUCUCCUGAACUUUGGAUUAGCUCUCUUCCUAUGACAGAUCUUGAAAUCAAGUUCGAAUAUCGUGGCAAGGAGUUUGGGCAGACAAUGACUGUGAGCAACCCUCAAGGCUGCAGACUUUUCUAUGGAGAAUUAGGUCCUAUGCCAGAUCAAGAAGAACUCUUUGGGCCUAUUAAUUUGGAGCAAGUCAAGUUUCCAGGGCCUGAAUCCAUCACGAAUGAAAAACAAAAGCUGUUCACCAGUCGACUGCUUGAUGUAAUGGACAGAGGGCUAAUACUGGAAGUCAGUGGUCAUGCUAUCUAUGCUAUCAGGCUUUGCCAGUGCAAAGUAUAUUGGUCUGGACCAUGUGCACCUUCCUCUACCACACCAAACUUAAUUGAAAGACAGAAGAGAGUUAAGCUCUUCUGUUUGGAAACAUUUCUAAGUGAGUUAAUUGCCCAUCAGAAAGGACAGAUCAGUAAACAGCCACCAUAUGAGAUCUACUUUUGUUUUGGAGAGGAAUGGCCAGAUGGAAAAUCAAAAGAGCGAAAGCUGAUUGUUGUUCAGGUAAUUCCAGUUGUAGCACGGAUGAUCUAUGAAAUGUUCUCUGGUGACUUCACCCGCUCCUUUGACAGUGGCAGUGUGCGUCUACAGAUCUCUAUCCCGGAUAUCAAGGAUAACAUUGUUGCCCAGCUGAAGCAACUCUACCGUCUGCUGCAGAAUCACCAAGAAGGUUGGCCAGUGCAGCCACCAAAUAUGCAGAUGACGCCACCCCUCACAGCACAGUGAUGACAUGGUGUUGGAUAACCAAGCAAUUGUCUGGAUUCUUCAAUUCUAGAUUGAAAUUAAUUGAAACAAGAACACUUUUAAAUAUCUCUUCAAUAUGUGACAUUUUAAUAAGGAAUGUUGAUAUACAACUUAAUCUGUCUUAAAUAAUUUAGCAAAGGUUGAUCUAGUUAAAUACACGUAGACAUGCAUAUUACUCUAGAAUUGUUUUCACUUUUAUAAAUGUAACAAUAUAAAUGUAAAGCUUUAAACUUUUCCUUGCUUACAUGUAACGCUGUGGUGCUUUUUAUAAAAAAGUCUUUUUAAUUACUAAUUUCACUCCUGCUUUAUUCUUAAAGUAUUUUUAUAACACAGUUUAAAUGCAUUCUGUUGAUUCAUUGAUGACUUUAAAAAAAAAUACUCCUGUUGCAGCUGCUACAUGUGAAAUAUCUAAGCAGUACAAACUAAAUGUUUCAAAACAGUUACCUGAUAAUUAGCAGUAGGCAAUUUUAUUCUAUUAACGAUUGUUGUUUUAUUAAGUUUUAUAUACGUGAGAAAAUGCACAAAUUUUAAGCUGGAAAGCUUAGGAUAUUUUAAAAUUAAAGUUUAAUGUUUAAAAUAUAAAACCAAUUUAAAAAGAUAAUGAAGACUUAAUAAUAGAUAUUAAGUUUGGUAAAAUAGAAGCCCUUUUCAUGUUUUUCUGUAUUGAAUGCUGUAGCCCAGGGGUGUCAAACUCAUGACCCACGGGCUGGAUGCGUCAUGUGCUGGCUCCGCCCCUGCCCAGUUUAGCGAAGGGAAAAAAAGUCCUGAUACGUCACGUGAUGACACCUUGAUGACCCGGGUUUGAUACCCCUGCUGUAGUCCAACAUGUAACCUACUUGUACAGUGUGAAAAAAGUUGUUCCAAUGUAAUCACAUCGGUAGAAGAUACAAGACAGCAUGUGUAGGAAGGUUUUUUUUAAUGAAUGUUGCCAAUAUGUGAACACACAAAAUGAAUAUUGUAACAAAAGCUAAUUCAGUCUGUUGUAAAUAUGGCGAUUUUAGGACUUCCAGAGAAAAAAUGGUGAACCGAAGACCAUGGCAGAAUGAAGAGCCAAAAAGUAAACAGGCACUUUAUAUUUUCUCUCUGGAUAAAGAGAGGACUUGAAAUUGGCUUUUAAUUUCUCAUGACAGCUGUUCCUGAUGAACAGACUGCAAGACAGUAUGUUUUGCAGGCUCAAGAGUUCUGGGAGAUGAGGGAAAGCUAUCUUUGAUCACAUCAUAGUUGACACCUAUAAAGGGCACUCUUCUUUUUCAAAUCACUUUAGCAAAUUGUUAACUAUUUUACUGUUAUUAGGAACCUUUGGAUUGACAUGUUUUAUAACACCAAGUUAUUUUGCUUCAAUUCUUAGCAAAAUAGUUUUAAAUACAAGUUUAAGGACUUUUUAAAUUGAAUAGCAAAAGGGUGAUUAGAAUGCUGAUUUUGGAAAGAUACAAAUGAAAGAUGAAUUCAAAAUAAAAUUUUGGAUUUAUAAUAAUUCUUCCCAUGGAAAAAUAAAUACUUAAAAAAUGGGAUGAAACUUUGAAGGUUGGACAUUAGAAAUCAGAAAGAAUUAAAUAUUACAAUUAAAUGUCAUUAAGUUUGGCUUACUAACACAGAACAGAGCAAAAUAGUUUAACAUUGGGCAUAUUGAAGGGUACUUUUGAACAAUAGACCAAAAAAUAAAUUUUAAAAGAAUCUGGUAUUAUAGAUAGACUGUGUUUGAAAGAGGUUAUGGUAGAGGAAUAAGUUUUAUUGGACAAGACUGAGACUGAUCUGAAAGAUUUAAAAAUGAUAGGCUACAACAAUGACACGGAAAAAAUAUCCUAUACUGGACAUAGAAAAUCAGAUGAUAUUUUACUAAUUUAAAGGGAUACA